AUGGUUACCGCCACGCGAACUACAUCUGAUGCAGCUGCCCUUGCUCAUUUGCUAGACACAGGGCUCGCACUAUCUGCAACUUCACCUAUCCGCCUUAGCCUACAACUUAACGGAUAUGACAAUCUACAAAGUGUUGUUGGUAUUUUUGAGAGUGAACUGGAAUCUUUAGAUCACGCUGCUGUUGCUGAUUUCAAACAAGGAGUGAAACAUGACAAGAUGCACUAUCCAGUGCUUAAGGAUGAUCGCUACUGGGACCAUUUGUACCGUACCUUUGUCGUUACCGCCGUAUUGCACAAUGUAGAUAAUGUUCUAGAUCCGGCUUAUUCUCCAACAGAUCCAGAUAAAAUCUCACUUGUUAAAGAGCAGAAAAAGUUUGUCUAUUCCGCCCUAGAACACUGUUUGCAAACCAAUAUGGGUAAAAACAUUGUUCGAGAACAUGCUUUCGAUUUCGACGCCCAAGUUGUAUUUGCAAAAAUCGUUAAACAUUACACGGAAUCCACAGCCGCGAAAAUCAGCUCCGGCACUACUCUCUCAUACUUGACCUCUGCAAAAUACGGCAGCUCCUGGACCGGCACUGCGGAAGGUUUUAUCUUGCAUUGGAAAAACCAUCUACGCAUCUACAACAAUACCGUGCCAACUUCGGAACAGUUGCCACCGCAACUCUGCCUCAGUUUGCUUGAGUCCUCUGUUCGCGACGUCUCCAAACUACGUCAAGUCAACACUACCGCGAAUUUAGAUUUAGCUAAAGGGGGGUCUCCCAUUAACUAUGAAAAUUAUCUAAGUCUACUUCUCGCUGCAGCAACUUUAUACGACAAAGGGAACAACCUUUCCAACUCUCGUAGCCCUAAGACCAAGCGUAGUGCCUUUGUUGCUGAAACCAUCUUCCCCGACGACGACUACAGCAUUGAUUACGACAUUGAUUUAUCUCCGUCCAUUCUGUACGAAGCGAAUGCUCACAACCGCAGAGCAGGAGAUCAAAAUCGAGACCGCCAGGGCAAUGUCAACCGUGAACGACCGUAUAUCCCCCGUGAGAUGUGGGAUAAACUGUCCGAUGAUGCAAAGGCAAUUCUCCGAGGCAUGUCUUCUCCCGCGGAAGGUCAAGCCUCGCCUAACAGCAAUCAACACCCUCAUUUUAAUGCCAAUUCUCAUUCUCUAGCCGACAUGGGACACCCCUCCACAACCAACGACUCGUUGAAUGAAAGCGACAACGAAAAAAUUCCACAAUUGUGGAAACGAUACGGAGUUACUUGCCCACCUUACUGA